AUGAUUGUGAAUCAUGAGUAUCCUCUUGCUAUGGUUGAUCAUAUUGGAUUUAAGAGAUACUCUAAUAGUUUGAAUCCUGAUUUUAAAGUGAUCUCAAGAAACACAGUAAAAGCUGAUAUAUUUAGGGAAUACAAUGAAGAAAGGCGUCUGUUAGAAAAAGUUAUAGCGAGGAACAAAUCUAGGAUUGCUUUCAUAAGUGACAUGUGGACUUGCACUAAUCAAAGAAAAGGGUUUCUUUAUUUACCAUGCCCACACAACAAGUACACAAUAAGCAAGACCUUGGUUGAAUGCUUGAAAAGUUUUAAUUGGGAUGAAAAGAUUUCUACCAUUACCCUUGAUAAUUGCACAACAAAUGAUGUUGUAGUAGAUGUUUUGCUUGAGAAACUUAAACCAUUCUAA